AUGCCGGUCGACUACAGCAAGUGGGAUGCGCUGGAGCUCAGCGAUGACUCUGAUAUUGAGGUCCAUCCAAAUGUCGAUAAGCGGUCCUUCAUCCGCGCCAAGCAGAACCAGAUUCAUGCGGAGCGCCAGCAACGCAAGCUCCAGAUCGAGACCUACAAGUACGAAAGAAUCAUCAAUGAUACCCUGAUCAAGCGGAUCUCUUCCCUUCUUGCCUCUCUCAAGGCUCAUGCCUCGGAAGUCACCUCGCGCAACCCGGGCGAGGUGGCCUUCCAAGCUGUCAUAGAGUCGGCUGCUGGUCUAGAUCCCAAGGAUGACCAGCCCCCGCCGAGGCCCGCCGGCGUUCACAACGCAGAAGAACAACUGCCUACGUAUACCAAGAUGAUGGCAACGCUUCUCGAUCAAGUGAACAAGGCAUUGGAGGAAAAGAAGGUCGAGCAAGACAAGAGAUACGAGGCUACCAUUGCGGAAGUGGAGGAACACUUAAAGAAAGUCACAAACCUACAGGGCGAGUUGCUCGAGAAGCUCGACGAGCUGGAAAAGAUUGAAAAGAGCAAGAUUACGAGCGAAUCGAUCCACACAGGCUUUGACAGCACUCACAUCAACAAGUCGAAGCCUUCUACCUCGGAGGAGAAGAAGGAUGCGUCCAAGGUCGAACUCCUGAAUCCGAAUUACAGCGGCACCGACAGCAUACCCGCACCCAUCAAGGCCACGGACGAUGAUGACGAUGACGCUGAAAUUGAGGCUUCUCCUACCGCCAAACACUUUGCUACCAUCAAGGCCGGCGACUACCGCGAAUCUCUCGCCUUCCUUACGAAGCACCCGGAAAUCCUUACCGAAAAGGAAACCGAUGGCCUUCUUGUCCUCGCCUUCGACGCACAGCUUCAGAGUCAUGACGACUACGCUCGCAAUUGCGUCCACCAAGCACUCCUGCUGCAGUACUGCCGGGCUUUGGGUCGCGACGGUGUCGCUCUAUUCUUCAAGCGCAUCACGACACAAGGUCACCAGGCCCAGGAGGUCUUCUUCAAGGAUGUGCAGGACACAUACUACAAGAUCAAGAACAGAGUCAGGGAGAUUAACCUGCAGAGGGCAAAGGAAGAGGCCGAAGAUGGCGGCGAGGGUGUGGAACAGAUUCAGCUGCAUGCGGUAGAGCCGGGUACGGUGAUCAACAUCAGCAUCCCUCCAGCUGACAGCGAGGACCUGGAGGUACAGCAAGCUAGAGCUAUCUUCGAGGGCUUUAGCCCCGAGAUGCAGAAGGCUCUGGAGACGGGCAAGUUGGAUGAGGUGAACAAGGUUUUGGGCAAGAUGAAGGUUGAGGAGGCUGAGGAUUUGGUGGGCAAAUUGGGAGAUGCCGGUAUCCUGAGUCUCGAGGAGGAGAUCAUUGAUGCUACUACCCAAGAGGGUCAAGAAAAGUGGAAGGAGAUUGAAGCUGCCGGGAAGCACGCGGAGGCGCCCGCCGCUGACCCGGAGUGA